AUGGCUCCACUCGUUGUUUUGUUCACUGUUGUUUUUCUCGUCUUGACCGUCACAGGCGCCCGCUUUAUUCUACCGGAACAGACCGUCAGCCAGGAAGACACCGAUUUACCUGAACCCGGCCAUAAAAUCACAAACGUCAUCGAUGUCCCUGGCGAGAAACGCGACUCUGAACCCGCCAAAACAGUUGAUAUUAAGCUUUAUGAAACCUUGGGAGCCGACUCCGACUUGGAUUCUUUCCCGUUGACGAUGACCAGUUUCCGUCCCGUAAACGGUCAGUUCCCCAGGCAUCCGUUGGUUCCGUUCCGUCAUAAACACGACUGCCAUUUCCACAAAAAGUUCAGGCCUUCGAACCCGCGGCUCCAGCGCAAGCGCUAUAUUUCUUAUGGCAACGAUAUGGUUCUGCCCGACGAGAGAACUGGUCCCCAUAUCCAGGCGAGACGGGCUAGGUUUUCCGACAACAGCGCCGAGUCGAAGGAGCAUGUAGAGUACUUUAGGAAGCCUCAUCACUAUAACAAAGAACGUGAACAAGAUCACGACGACGAACACCACCACACCCGUCGCCAUCAUCGCCGAGGAGAGGAAGAUGAAAGGCGCGAGGGAGGGUUCGUGAAGAGGAUUCGCAAGUUUUUGAUUAAGUUUUGA